AUGGCGAAGCUAUACGUGCAGACGUCGCCGCCGCCGGAUCUGAACAAGAAUACGGAGUGGUUCAUGUACCCCGGCGUCUGGACGACCUACAUCCUAAUCCUCUUCCUUUCCUGGCUCAUAGUGCUGUCCGUCUCCGGCUGCACGCCCGGGAUGGCCUGGACGAUCGUCAACCUCUCGCACUUCGUUGUAAGAUGAUGCGGCCUUCUCGCUGCAACAUUUCCCUAUCCGCAGAUUUCCAUCUCUUGGUUUUUUCAUAAUUGAACAUCUGUGUCAUUUGUUUCGUGGAUCGGAUCCAAUACUUCUCUUUACGAUUGAAUGUACUGUUGUUUCUCUAGGUUGGAGGUAAUCUGGUAUCAGAAAACAACCACAAAAGGAUACGAUAUAUGAUUGAGACAUCAAAAUUUUAAAAAGCGUAAGGCAGGAUCCCUCGUAAGGGUUCUAUGUAUUAACAAGAUGCUCAAUAAGUAACUGGAGAUUUAACCUGGAGAAUUCUACAUAUCCUUGAUCCUUAUCAUUAGGUAGGAUGCUGAGGAUCUCUAUUCUCCAUUCCCUAGGAAAAUUGAUCAGCAUGCACGGUCGCUUUGUUGAUGAUGUUAUGUAAGUCUUCAAAUUCUUCUUGAACCAUCUAUUGGCAGCACAAACACCAUCCACCAAUCUAUUUUUCUCGCCAAUGUUCAUUAAAUUAUAACAUCCUCUCGUCAAAUCGUAACUGUUUUAUAAUCAUCAGCAACAGUUAUACUAUUUGAAACGUAGUUUCCUGCAUACAAUCAGUGUCCUCUACUGUCUCCCAAAAACACGCCAAAAAACUCACUUUUUAUUGAAUUUCUGAAUUCCAUCUUGGGAAGUGGGGCGCUGUUUUCUGGUUAAUUUUAUUUUUGUAAUGUUUUCAAGGUUUAUUCUUCCGCCGGACUCACCUGCCAUGCUCUGCGGGCUCUAUUUUUUCAUAUUUUCAAAAAAAUAUCUGACACUAGAACUCCAUUUUGUAGUUCAUUUCCAUUUUUUUCCUUCUUGUUCUUAUUUUUCCUUCAUGUGCUGUUGCAUAAGUUGAACCUGGCCAUAUCCUUCACUGUGACCUGUGAUACUCUUCUAACUUGGGAAGUUCUGUUGUUAUAUUACAUCAUUUAUAUUUGAUGUGUACAUUAAAGUAGGUGUCAUGCCUUGAAGUCAUUUAUCUUUCAAGUUUCAGUCUUCUACAAACACUGAAAUUGACUGAAAUUCUAAUACACGAAAGAUCCUUUUCAAAUAUCAAAUAAGGAGAGAGCAUUUAAUGAGGAAUUUUUCGUUCAUUCCUAGAGAGGAGAAUAGUUGAAUGAGUGAAAUUAUUUGUUCCUAGAUCAGACGUUUUAACUUUACACCAUUUUAGUAGAUGAAGAAAAAAAAUCGUUCAUUGUUGGCUUGUAGCUUUUGAGCAUUCCAGUAUCCAAACACAAUUUUUCAUCAGUCACUGUUGACUCGCACCUCAUGACCAUUUCAGUACACAAUUUAUUCGUGUUAAGGUCCUUUUCGGAUGUAUCAUUCUCGGGUAAACCAACUCCACUUUCAUCCUUGUCUGCAAAUGCUAUCCCGCUUCGUAAAGCUUGCUCCUCUCCGAUUAUAGUUGCAUUGAAAUAUUCUUAUGAUGGCAUUAAUUAUUAUCUUACUUGUUAGGGAUCUUAAGCAUGGUCAUAGUAUAUGGUUGAACUUGGCAUUGCUGUUCAUGAGAACAUUCAUCUAACCCCCCCCUUCUUAAAGAAGCUUCAAUUUCCAUUCCAACCUGGAGUCAUCAAUCCAAUGUUUUUUUAAAUAUUCCACAGUAACAAAUGAAGUGCCGAGUAUUUGAUAGAUUGGCCACUUUACUGCUCAGUUUUGCAACAGAGACACCCAUUCAUCCUUCUGACUAUCAAUCCCAUUAGUUUUAUUUGAUUAAAACUAAUGUAUCUACCUUUUUCAUGUUAAAUGAAUAAAUUUUACUAGUCCACUUUUCAAAGUAGUGCUUUGAACCUGUAACCGUUUCUAGAUCGAUAAAUCCACUUCAACAGUUGGAUUUCCUAGUUGACUUAUUUCCAAAGAAUAUUGAAGAUGAGUGAGAUAGAAUUUGUGCUUACCGACCUGAAUUCCUUCAGUGAUCCCUGUGAUUUCUUUCUUUUCUCUUAAUUGAAUUGAAAUAUUGUCAUGUCAAUUAGAACAGAAAUGGCUGUGAAGAGUCUCCUUGUCUCAGAUGACUUGAACUCUUGAAGUAUCCACGGUUUGCCAUUGCUGAGAAUGUAAAACCUUUCUUUUGAGGUGCAGCUUACAACACAUUUAGUCCAUUAGCAUUCGAACAUCAUCAAACGUAAUGUUCUGUUUAUACAGUUCCAAUUUAUUAUAACGUAGACUUCUCGAAAUCAAGCUUAACUUCUACACAUUUUGCCUCUUUUCCUGUUUGAUAAUGAAUGGCCUCAUAAUCAAUCAUAAGCAAUCAAAUGUUUAUUUUGUCAUAGAUGUGGAUUAAUUUUGAUCACCUUGUUCCAUCACCUUUUUCUAUCCUUUGACUAGGACCUUCUUAUUUUCUUCUAAAAACUAACAAAAGAAUGGGUCUAAACUGAUUGAGCACGCCAGCAUUUUUGGGGACCUCAAAAGUUGAUUUGAGGAGGCAAUGUUCUAAUUCUAAUUUGAACUUUUUUUAGAACGUUCAUUAAUUCAUGUUUUAUUUCUGCUCAAAAAUACUGAAAAAAGAAGACUAUGUUCGUGGGGAUUUUUUGGCUAUUGUAUUCGGAACUACCUCAUUGACAUUUAGAGCAAUAAUUCCUUCUCUUUGGGAAAAAUUCUAGAAAAAGAACUAGAAAUAUCUCUUUGAUGUUUUAUAUACUCCCGCCUUUUUGUAUUCAUUUCUAGCAUUGUUGAUCUUUAACCACUUCUUAUGAUCUUGCCACUGCCUAAAAUUAAGCUUUGUUUGAUCUACUUUUCUGAUCCAUAAAUCCGUUACUUUUUUCCUCCAUCUGAAUUUCUCGUAUGUAAUGUAUUUCUUAUUUCAGUUUAAAAUUUUCAGUCUCAUGCCAUUUCACUAUUUUUUCCUCCUUUUUUUUAUUUUUUUUUCCACUUUCUCCCAGAUUUCUCUUUUCGCCUCACCUUUUCACAAGGUCUCAUUGGGGCCAUUUCUGCUAAUCUUGUUCCUUUUACAUCUCUGUUGUCAUCAUGUUUGACUUCUUUUUGUCUCCAUAGUAGCAUGCUAUUGUGACAUUUUUUCUCUCUAAACAAUAGAGACCUCUCAAAGAGGGAAAAUGAGGAAGAAACAUUGUUACCACGAAAUUCAUCUGUUCUUACGAACUUUAGGGACUCCACAAUGAUAGUUGCUAAUCGUGAUGUUGCCACAGGUUACUUCUUUUCUGUCUAGUUAUUAAUUGUUCACUAAAAAAUAGAUGCUAUUUAUAUUCUGACAUAACUUAUCUCACUUUAGUUGUUCAUUACUUUCAUUUAUUUUCUUCCCUGAAGAUAACUCAUUUAUAUGUGAUUCUUUUUAGUAUUGGCAAUCUAGUAACCUUGAGAAGACAUUCAGCUCCCUUGUUCCUGUUAGCAACCCCAUGGAAGGUAGAAGUUGAAUUACUCUGCUCAUCCUUAGUCAAAGAGAUGGUAUCGAUGGGGAUGAUUUCGCAUGGACGACCAUGCAAAAUUGUUUUUCUUUCUAUGGACAAUAUUAAGUCCUGCAGUAUAUCUAUCUGUGUGGAGCGAAUGAUGAGCCUUUGGAUCUUUUUCAUAGACAAUAUUAAGCCCUAGGGUUGUUGAGGAACUAUGGACAGGUUCCAACCGAUGGUGAAUACCAAUAUGAUAGUUUAUCUGUGAUUGAGUUGGGAGAGUGGAGCUUGGAUCUUUUUCAAUGAGGGGGGGACUGUUCGGUGACUCUGUUUAGGUCGGGUGACAGAUUUCCCUCCCCGGAUUGGCUUAACCCACAUAGAUGCUCUAUAGGGAGUCUUCAGGAGCACAGGGAACAUUAUACACGUACAUGACUAUUCUUUUUUUUCUGGAUCUUACGAUUUUUCAUAUGUAGAUUACAGCGGAAUUGGCAUCUUAUUACUAAUCGUUUCAAAAACUGGUUGAUAUAAAGGCCAAAAAGAAACCAUCUCCUACUUGGAUUCUUUACCGUUGUGAAAUGAGACUGUAAGUUAUUUUGGAGAUUAUUUUUUCCAUAAAUGGUGGGGUUGCUCUGACGUCAUCAGAACAAAGAGGACACAGCAUCAGAUACAUCUUCCGAAGAAAACGUGAUUUAUGAAAACAAGGAUUAUAGAAAUUGACGAAGAGACACAAUUAAAUAUGGUAACCAAUUCAACCUCCGGUAGAAAAGGAUAAUAUAUCAUAAUCUCUAGAGAAAAGUUAUUCUCUUGAAAUCGAGAGUGAUCAAUAUUAAUUGCUUCUGUAGCUUCUAUAUUUAUAUCGGCCACUGCCAGACGAAUGAGAUCUUCCUCGGGUUUGCAUCUAUUUUAUUCGUAGUCUAUUUCUCUGUAAUGAUCAUUCCAUUGCAGCAGGUUGACUUUGUUUUAUCUUCAGGUCACGUAUCACUUUUUCCACUGGAUGAAGGGAACUCCCUUUGCGGAGGACCAGGGUAUCUAUAAUGCUUUGACCUGGUGGGAACAGAUGGACAACGGCAAGCAGCUGACUCGUAAUAGGAAGUUUUUGACUGUUGUUCCCGUUGUACUGUGAGUAUGCUCCCCCUGUCCCCCUUUUCCUUUACGUGGGUGAAGAUAAACUUGGCAAAGUCAGCGUUCCCUUCUGUAGAGCCUCAUCUCCCUCAUAGAAGGGAAAAUUAUCCCAUAUAUAGCAUUGGUGCAUAUCUUCCACUAAAAAUUCUAGGUUUUAUGUCCUUUCAUGACCUCAGAAACAGCCCGUGCUCCAUCAUACUAUCCCUCUAUGUGUUUCUGUGUAUUUUUCUCAAGUUUAGUUAUUCUUCGUAAAACGUUAGGGCUUCCUCACCUUUACUGGCCGCAAGGGUCUGGAUCAAUGUUUUCUUCGGCCUCAAUGGCGUUGAACCUUAAGUUGACCAUGAACAUGCUUUAACUCGUUGUUCUUGAUACGUGAAACAUACACAAGUAAAAGUCAGAGCCUUCUGCCCACCGUUAGGUUUUCUUACUCUCUUCUAGUAUUAUCCGUUAUGAAGAAUUACUUGAUUUUUUUUAUUUAUUAUUCCUUCAAUUUUUAAUAAUCAUUAUGCUUAGCUCUUAGCUGUGUCUGAAACGUAAUGCAUUCCUAGACUGCACAUUUUUCAUCUUUACUCUGUAUUCUUCGCGCUCUGAUUCUACCAACUGAGUGAAGAAGCCAUCACUAUGCAGCUAGCUGUGGUCAAACAGCAUACAAGACACACAAGCUUUUUCCUUUAAUAGCAUGAGGGCGCCGAUUGGCUCAGAAUCGGCAUGGUGUUUGUGAGAAAAGGCCACCUCGGCAUGGCUACUUGUAUAUCCUUACCAUCUUUGUGGCAGAGCCUCUUCACCUUGUUUGCCUUCCUAACCCAUGGGUAGACAGAGAGAGAGAGAGAGAGAGAGAGAGAGAGAGAGAGAGGGAGAAUUCAACACCCAAUCCUGGUACAUCCUUUCAACAUUUUCUAAUAUCAUGAGGAACCCAAUGGAUCUUUUCAAGAUUUUCCUGGAAUCAUCCCUCAGAAAAAUAGCUCGAUCGGGCUGAAAACACCACCUUCGAGCUCUUGAUCGUUCUUAUUAUUCAAUCCAGGUACCUGAUCGCGUCGCACACAACCGACUACAAGCAGCCGAUGCUCUUCCUCAACACUCUCGCCGUCGCCGUGCUUGUGAUCGCCAAGUUCCCUAACAUGCACAAGGUGCGCAUCUUCGGAAUCAACGCCGACAACUGA